UCACAUUUAGCCGGCUGCAAGGCAAUCGAUCGAUGGCCGCCGAUCUCCGCUAACAGACGGUUCUUUGUCCAGUGCGCUCUAGACGGCGCGCCUUUGUAGACGUCGUGCAGGGAGAUUGGAAAAGCGUCCGCGAAAAGCCCAAUAACUAAAAAUUAUGCAACGAGUGCGUGUCAGUGAAGAGUGAAACAAACCCAAUCAUAGGCGGCAGCAUGAAAAGUUGCAAAUAAUUCAAUAAUACACAAAUAAUUGAACGCGCAAAAGAACUCAAAAUAAGAACAGAAACAAUAACCGAAACAGAGAAGCAGAAGCAGAAGCAUAAACAAUUUCGCCACCUAGAAGGUGCGAGAAAAAUGGCGCAUCGGCAAUGUGUGAACAACCUGGACCAAGGAAGCGACCCCAUGGACCACAGAGAAGAGCCCUAAGAAAUUAUGAAAUUAAUAGCCCGACAAUUGGUCGAAAGAAAAGCCAAACAUUUAACAGCAUUGAACUUUCCCCAUCGAGAGUCUGUACGAGUGAAAGUUGAAUAGAACAUAGAAACGCGACAAAUUGUGAACGCGGCAACCUUGUGAAUACUUUUCGCGGAUCGUUGAACGCUGCGGCCAUGAAGCAGGAGAAAACACUCAUCAUGGCAUCCCCGCAACACAAGCAGCAGCGCCACCAGCAGCUCUUGGAACGCUCCUCGUCCACGCCCCGCAGUCCCAUCACCAAGGCCUUCGACUUCCUACCAUGGGCGCGCAGUCGCAGCAAGGUGAACAUGGCCAAGGCCCAGGCGCCACAGGCCGAGCAGCAGGCGGCCAGUGCGGAGAAGCCCUCGGAGGUGCACUACCAUCGGAAUAUCUUCCGCAGCGGCGGCGGCCUCAUCCGAGACAUUCUCGUGGGCGACAAGCAGCUUAAUCUCAAGGAUAACAAUGCCAGCAAGCCGCCCCAGUCCCCGGUGCCGGCGAAUAAAAGGAAGCAGAAGCAUCUGUCCCGCAACAAGAGUCUGGACAUCCGGGAGCUUAUCGGUUGCGUGGAAAGCGAACUGGCACCCAGGUCGACAGGCGGACUGGUAGGACAGGCAGGACAGCCGACUCGCUUCCUGGACGACACAUACAUCGACCACAAGCCCAAGCAUAUUCUUUUCAAUGACGACGAGAACACCGUGUACAUCAUCAAGAAGGAGCAGCCUGUGGCCAAGAGCACCCACAAGCCACAGGCCUCCGCCUCCGUGUCCAAUGGAGAUGUGCUGAAAGCCCGCCUCAAGUUCAAGCGCCUGCCCAGCGACCGGUACGAAACGGCCUCUCCGGAGGCCCUGCGCCGUGCCCAACAGCUGCACCAGCGCUCUGAGCAGCGCCAUCAGUUGCAGCGCCGCAAAAGCCUCAGUGACCAGCAGAGCAACUCCAGCCACAGCAGCGGCGGGGGCGGGGGUGGUGGUGGCGGAGGGAGAGGUGGCGAUGGAUUUGGCAUCGGCAACAGCAGCAUUAUGCUGGAAAGACCCAAGACGGACAAGCCGCGCAAGAAACUGUCGUUCCGGGAGCCGAUUGUGGCCGGGGACCAGGUCCUGCCGCUCCUAAUGGCUGAGCAGCGGCAGGCGAGGCAACGACGACGCAGCUCUCCCCUGGAGCGCACCCGAGGGGGAUUGGCAGUAGCAGGAGCUGGAGCAGGAGCAGGAGGAAGCGACUGUGAUAAUUUAUGCAAUAAUCGCACAAAGGAUGCAAUUUCCUGCGGCUGUGCGGCAAGCGAUCCUGAGUCUCAGGCCAUGCGCAUCGUUCGCACCGUCGGCCAAGCCUUUGAAGUGUGCCACAAAUUUAAUCUUCAUAAGAAUUCCCUGGAACCUAAUGACGAGCGCUCCGAUAUCUCGUCGUCGGAGCUCCUCGAUGUAGAACAAAUCAGCGAACAGCAGCUGAGCGAAGAUGGGGAACGUGGCGGCGGCGACAACGAGACGCCAAAGAAAGAGCACUUGGCCAUAACGCCCGAUCUGAACCACACGCAGCCGCAGCGUCCAAACCACUUGGAGCUGAUGCCAUCGCAGUCGAGUCUACGCAAAUCGACCAGCCUGCUGUGCGAUGUAGACGACAAGUUGCCCGGCUCUCCUGCAUCGCCGCGUACUGAGAUCACACAGCUGAAGGAUCAGCUGGAGGCACAGGCCCUGCAGACCCGUCAGGCUCUGGGACAACUGAUGCUAGUGCGAGAGCAGCUCAUCUCGGAGACGAAUGCGCGCAUCGAGGCGCAGGCGCGCACCCAGCAGCUUCUCCAGCAGAAUCGGGAGCUCUUGGAGCACCUGGCCUCGCUGGGGGCAUACAACGAGCAGCAGAGCGCUGGCCUCACCACAGCCAACAUAGGGCUGGCUCCCCAGCUCUCCUCGACCGCCAAAGUGGCACGAUGGUUCCAGCAGCUGCCCUGGCACACCGCCUCCCUGUCACGGCCGGAGAGCGGCUUCGUUUCCGGCGACUCGCGCUCUGAGAAGUAUCAGGAGGAUCAUUUCUACGGCGGCAUAGCCAAGGAAACUGAUGAUUUAUGCGACGAGUUCCUGCUUGUGGAGGGCAGCAGCACCAUUUGGACAAAGUUGAGCGCCAAAAAGCGCCGUAAAUUGCUCGGCAUGCGUUUGGGCAAAGUGACAACAUUCUGAGAGCCAGGCCAGACAGCGGCCGCCCCUCGAACUGCCGUAAUGUGUGCGUUUAUUAGCUGUUAAGUGAGUUUUUUUUUUGCAUAGCCCUAAGUGUAGGUUUGAUAAAUAUGCUGGCCCUAAGCUCUAGCAUACUUAGUUCAUAUGAAAAUCAAUAGACUAAAUGACCAAAUUAACUGAAAACAAAGCAAAACGAACGACAAGCUCAUCGGGAUGCCAUUUACAUAGGCAGGAGGUGGACCAAGACCAUGGAGGAGGCCCAAAGCAACAGGCAUACGAGUAGACAUAAGUCAAUUAGCGAGCAUAGGACUCGAGCUCAAUGUGUAUUUAAGUAUUAACAACAACAAAGUAUUUGGCAACACACCACACAGACACACAAUCACACACAAGUACACACGUACUCUUGUGGCCAAUUCAUUAAGCGAACAAGCCACGCACAUUAAUCAUACGCCACGUACGACACACAGGAAAAGGAAGCAGCCAAAAAGCGCAGCAUCUUCUACACUGCUUAACUUGACCAGUUUUUCGGGUACGAGAAAAACUGGUUAUUAAGUUAAGCAAACACGGCCAAGGUGGCGGGAAAAGAGCGUGCUAAAGCUCCUGCAGCAAGGACAACAAAGAUCAAAUGUUUGCUAUUCAUAAAUUUUUCCAGCAUCAACGUUUUUAUGCAUAAAUCGAUUCCAUUUUUGCGCUUCGCAGUCCCCUUUUUUGCAGGGGGCUACUCUAUAAAUUUACUGCCACUGCGGUGGCGUGUGUGGCAUACGUGGUGUAUAAGCGAUUCACUCGAAAUUUAUGGGGAUUCUUUAACUAUAAAAACAGGGUUUGGUUGGGAAGGUACUCGUAGAUAGGACUCGUAGACAUAGUAGUUAGCUAGCUUCAAAGAGGGUGUACAGUGCACGAGCCAAAUGCAGAUUGUACUUGAACUCUGAUAAGUUAUUGGAUAAGUACAUACUCGUCGAUAAGGAUACAGAAAAAUGAUUAGAAAAAUAUUUAGAUAGGCAUUUGUAUCUGUGAAAUACUGGGAAAUACUAGACUGGAGCUAUGCCCAGAUGCUUAUGCAUCCAACAUAACUUCAGUCGUCAUCAAAUUCCGUCGGGGUUUUAUUGCAUUAUUUAUGUAGAUGCCUUGCUUUUAUUGUCCAGCAUCGGCUGCAGCAGUAGACGAUAUUACUCACAAUUUUAUCACAGUUUCCAUUUAGGUACGACAUUUAUAGAUCCAGGACGAAGAUGAAAUAUACAUACAUACAAAUAAUAUACGUACGUAAAAUGGUUUUAGUUAAUUUAUGCAAACAAUUUUUGAGACUGAAACUGAAAUUUGUACUAAGCAUAAUCCAGGCCAGGAAGCACAUACAAAACACAUACUCGUAUCACACGCAUCACAAAAACACAUCUAGACAUUCGACAAAUAACUUUUUGCGACAAAAUAGAAAAGUUCAUUUUACGAGUAUAAGCCACUUAGCAUAACGCAACGCAUAACCAACCCAAGUUAAAUUAGUAUUUAGUGGAUCUGGUUCAGCGCCAUAGAAUAAAGUGAAAAUAAUAAAAAUUAAAUGCAACAUGCUGAGUUACUCGUCAUCUGAUGGUGUCGCUAUAUUCCUGCCACUGGCUCUGCUGGUGGCACUGCUGCUGCUGCUUCUGCUGACACUUUACAGUUCAAUUAAUUUAACGCGCUUUGCAUGUAAUAGAAAAAGCAUUGCAUAUCAGCACGGGGCUGCCAGGACAUGGAUAUGCGAACACGGCACCGCAGGUGGGCUUGGCUGGGACUGGGACUGGGGACUGGAACGCAUUCCGGGGAAAAUGGGAGGGUUCUGGACGGGGGUAUUGCAAGCACUAAAUCGACUGAAAGAUACCCAAUAAGCACAAGAUAUAAAAUAUUCAUUAUAUAUAUUGCCAGAACAAGUAUUCGAAUGUUUGUAAACGAUUAAAUUUGAAUUGGAAUGAAUGGAAACCCGAAUAAAAACGAAAGGUUUGAA